AUGGCCGAAAUCAAUAGUUUAUCCAAAGUUCUCCGCACAAGCAGCAUUUCGUCCGAUCAGGAUGCUGCGUCGAUUCCUUCAACAUCCCGUUCAGCAUCCCGUUCAGCAUCACCCAACUCUAACUGGAUCAUUCAGUAUAAACCUGCUUUCCCAAACACACGCAAGGGUAUUUGGGGUGGUUACGAAACACAAGAAGAAUUCAUGACAAUGCACCUUCGUUAA